UGAAGAUAAGCUCAUUAGACAUAACGGACACGGGAAUUUAUAUGCUUAAAGCUAAAAAUGCACAUACAAUUGAAAAGUUAAAUUUCACGCUGCAUGUCAUGGCUGAACCGUAUCCCGCACUGGAACGUACCGCAUCUUACUAUACACCUAACACUAAUGCGGAAUUUCAUUGCAAAGUGCUAUCAUUUCCGCCCCCAAAUAUAACGUGGAGUUUUUGGAAAUGUCCUAAUUAUCCAUUAUUUGAAAAUUCAACAAUUGUGCAACUGACAGAAAAGAAAUCUUACCUGUUCCAAAAAUCAACGACGAAAGUUUACAUCACAUUACUACGUGAUUCAUUACAAACUCAAUAAAAUUUUUUUAUUAAUAACUAUUAUAAAAUUCAUAAAAAUUAAUAUAAAAAUAAAUUUUAACAUAAUAAAAAAAUUAAUAAUAAUAACCAUUCUAAUUAAAAUUUUCUUAUAUUAAAAGAGUAAUACAAUUCAUUACCAGAAUACCGAAUAACCAAAACUAAUAAAGUAAUCCCCAAAACUCUCUCACAAACUCUAAAUACCAAAUAAUAAAUUAAAUAAAAUUCAAUUUUUAAUAUUCUAAA